AUGGAAUCAACCAUGUCAAUUUCAGUUGUUAUAGAAGGUGCAAAUAAUAUUGAUGAUAUUAAUGGUUGGUUAGUAGGAGAAACUCGAGCAGCACUUGCGGAAAUACAUGAAUUGUAUUGUCAACAUGUUGCUGCAGUUGGUUUUAGUGUUAGAAAAGCAAAACAAACAAGCAAAAUCGAAACUAAAGAUAUCAUCACCAAAAAGUUCUUUGUAUGCUUUGCAGAUGGACUAAGAAAUUCCGGUAAAAAGAAGGAAAAAAUUCCAGAAGAACUCUUGACAGAGGAAAGUUCUUCGAUAGUUCAGCAUGUGUUGGUGCACAAUCAUCCACUCACUAGACCACAAUGGAACCAUUUCCACCGUUCAGAGAGUGCAAUGACUGGAAUUAAAGGGCAAGCGAUUGAGGCCAUGCAAGAAUCUGGACUAAAACCUAUGGAAUCCUUUAAUUACAUGUCAAAUAAAGCUGGAGGAGAAGAUGCUAUUGGUCAUAUAGAAGCUUAUUCUGAGGACCCUAACUUCUUUUUCAAAGUAAGGUUGGAUGCAUAUGGAAGGGACGAAUCGUUACAACCUCAUUUGCGCACCCUUUGUAGGAAUAAACAACCACUGCAAGAACACUAUGUUGCUUGUUCUUUUAUUGGUGAUGAGACCACAUAUUCAUUUAUGUGGCUAUUUGAGACCUUCAAAAAGGCAAUGGGUGGUAAAUGUUCUGUCUCACUGUUUACAGACCAAGAUGCAGCCAUGGUAGCAGCAAUACCAAAGUUAUUUCCAAAUACUAGACAUAGACUAUGUCAAUGGCACUUGAUUCAAAAUGUUGUAACAAGAUUUGGAGUUUUGAAGAGUAAUGACACAUUCAAGGCUGCUUUCAUGAAAUGCUUGAGUGGUUGUAUUACCGAAGCUCAGUUUGAAAAGACAGUGAGGACUUGGAGAAAGAAUGAGGAUUUUUAUGAGUUCAAUAGCACAAAAUUAAUUCCUACUUCAAGCUAUCCAAUGUCUACCUUACUAAAACAUGCUGCUGAGAUUUACACACAUACAUUAUUAUGGGACUUUGAAGAAGAAUUCAACCUAGCCAUUGGAUCUCAAACUAAACUGAUAUUCAUUAAUGGAGGAAAAAUGGUUUACCAAGUGUACCUUGAAGGCAAAGAUGGCACAACUCAAGCAGUAACUUAUGAUCCAGUUAACCAAACAAUUCAAUGUCCAUGCAAGAAUUUUGAAGAAUCGGGUUGGUUAUGCUUCCAUAGCAUUAGAAUCUUACACAUGCAUUCUGUUGUGAAAAUAAUCUCAGAGCAAUACAUAUCUUUCAGGUGGACUAAAAUGGCUAAGGAUAAAGUUAGGGAAAGUAUGGAGGCAGAGCAAAGGAUGAAGGGGACAUUAAACAACUUCACACCUUGGCGGCUACACAUGGUGAGGAAGUAUUAUAGUCUAAUCCUUAAGAGCCACAAGUUUGAACAAGCAAGGAAAUUCUUAGAAGAAAGCUUUGCAAAAGAUUUAAGUGCAAUUGAUGAGAUUAUUUCUGCUAUGAACUUAACUCAGAACACUACAGGUGUAGAAGAGAAUUCAGAAGAAACUUCAUCUAGUGUGGUUCAAGUACUGAACCCAGCUCGUGCCAAAACUAAAGGAAGCCAAUCAAAUAAAAGGAUUCCAUGA